CUAACUAAGAAUAGAAAAUUAAAAUAGCCAAACUUACAGUUCUCAUAGCGUGGAAAAACAUAACCCAGCGAACAGAAACUUUCAUCUGGUGAAAGCACCGAAAGUUUUAAAGCUGCACCUAUCCAAAAUUUGUGCUGCUCACAACCCGGUGUUCAUUUCUGUUCGCCACUGUAACACACUUUAAAACUUUCGUAAGUUCACUAACAUGAGUGCGAAACAAGCCAGCGAUAAUGCUGAGUCAUCCCACACGCCGGACAGGAAUCGAUCGGGAGGCUGCGUGAGCUGCUCGCGCCCCGUAUCGUUCGACAAUUUCGUCCAAUGUGACCAGUGCGACAGCUGGUGGCACAUGAGCUGUGCGGGGGUGACGGAAUCGGUCGCCGAGCGGGCAUUUACAUGCCGCAAUUGCUUGCCGUUGAGUGUCAACACUAAGUCGACCAACCGGUCAGCUCGAAUUGCCCUGAAGCUGCAGAAACUGGAGGAGGAGCGCGCCAUUCAGCAGCGCGCCUUGGAAGCCGAGAAGCGGGCCAUCGAGCAGGAGAAGAGGCUCAUGCAGGAGAAAUAUACCCUGCUGGAGGAACAGUUGGACGAAGAACGGGACAACCAAAGCAACCGCAGCCGGGUGAGUCGACGAGCGAGUCAACAACGUGUGACACAAUGGGUGCAACAGCAUUCCUCGGAAAUCGCGCCAGGUGAGGAAGCCGCAGGAGGAUUACCGAAGUCCGACGAACCGGUCGAGCGCCGUAAUCCAACGGGGUGUCAGACGGAAGUCAACCCAGUGAAGGAGCAGGAGAAGGUGAUAUUAUCGCCGAUGGAUCACAAUCCGGCGCAGCAGAAGCAACGACGGAAAACCUUAGUGGAAGUAUCGAAGCUUUUUUGGAAUCAGCAGCGGAAAACAGGCGCGAUUCCCAAGACGGUUCCGGAUCAGCGAGUCGAAAGUCGUAUGACGACAUUUAUUGGUAACCCUUUCCCCUCUGAGCCCCCCGUAAUUCCACCAGGUAAGCCACCACUUAAUUCUACUAUACAUAAGGAUGUUGCUCAACCGAGUCAAGAUUAUUCGGAUAUGCUAGCGAAAUUGGGGAUUAGUCCGACUCUCGUCAACCCGAGUCAGGCAAAAUUAAUUGGGACUGAGCCUGUUCUACUAGGCCAUCCCGCCCCUACGGUUCCUCUCUCUUUGCCUUUGGGAUGGAACCAAACCCAGUUGACUUCAACAACGGGUCCCAAUGUUGGCCAUAUACAGCCGAGUGUGCCCGGCACUAUUCCGGCACCAAGUGUGCCUCUAACUUUUCCGGCACCAAGGGUACCUCCCACUUCUUUGGUACCAAACCCGGUACCUGCCCCUUCGCAGUUAGCCGCACGACAAAUAAUGCCUCGCGAUUUACCCCCUUUCGCCGGUGACCCCGCGGACUGGCCGAUCUUUGUCAGUUCUUUCGUGAACACAACCGCCGCGUGUGGAUAUUCGAAUGUGGAAAACCUUGCCAGAUUGCAACGGUGUUUGAAAGGUGCCGCGUAUGAAGCCGUGCGAAGCCGUCUUUUACUACCAGAAUCAGUGCCACAAGUUAUUAACACUCUCCAGCUGCUUUACGGACGUCCGGAGCUGUUAAUCAACGUGCUGUUGGAAAAGGUGCGGUCAACUCCAGCGCCCAAGGCGGAACGUCUCGAAACCCUCAUCGAGUUUGGGAUGGCGGUGCAAAGCUUGUGUGACCACCUGGAGGCAGCGGGUCAACAUGCACACCUUACGAACCCGUGUCUGCUGAUGGAGUUGGUGGAAAAGUUGCCCGCCCACGUCAAGAUGGAGUGGGCGAAUUUCAUGCAGCGGUACCCGGCGGUGAACCUUAAGACCUUCGGGGACUUCAUGAAUGGCGUGGUGGUGUCGGCCAGCAAGGUGACGCAGUUCACAGGAGGAUUCGGGAAAGGUGCCAACGUGGAGAAGUCAAGGAUGAAGCAUAAGGGAACAAUCAACACACAUGUAAGCCAGCCGGAGCAGCCGAAGAACGAGGAGAAGCAGUGUUGCGUUUGUAAACGACGUGGACAUCGUGUUCGGGAUUGUGACAGUUUCAAAGCGCUCUCCAUCGACAAUCGUUGGAAGGAAGUGCAACACAACGAACUCUGCCGCAGCUGCUUAAAUGCGCACGGGAGACGAAGUUGCCGGAAUGCCAGUCAAUGCGGAAUCAACGGAUGUACCUUUCGGCAUCACCCUCUGCUUCAUUCCAACCGUAGUAAUCAACCAUCCGGAAGAGCGACAACGCUGAGGCCAGCUUCAAAUAUCGAAUCCGCUGGCAACCAUGCGCAUCGUAUGUCGAAUCAAUCGUUACUUUUUCGCAUUAUUCCCGUAACACUUUACGGACCAAAGAAAACGGUGAAGACCUUCGCCUUUCUGGACGAUGGGUCGUCCCUCACACUCGUUGAAGAGGAGCUCGCAAACGACAUCGGCGCCAGCGGAAAAGCGGCACCACUGUGCCUAACCUGGACGGGUGAUGUGUCUAGAAUCGAAGCAGACUCGAAGCAGUUACAGCUGAAGGUAUCAAGCGCUAACGAUGGAAAGCACUACAAACUGGAGGAUGUUCGUACCGUAAAGAAGCUGGCUCUGCCGGGUCAGACGCUACACAUCAACGAUUUCGUGGACAAGUUCAGGCAUCUCAAAGGUCUUCCGCUUGCUGGAUAUGAGAACGCGGUCCCUCAGUUGCUGAUUGGGGUCAAUAACUUGCGACUUACCAUUCCGUUUAAGGUGAAAGAGGGUGAAAUCAACGAACCGGUCGCCGUGAAAACUCGUCUCGGCUGGUGCAUAUACGGAGGAGGUGGUGUUCCCUUGUCAAAUACACUCAACUUCCAUGCUUGUGACUGUGACCGUGAACUGCACGAAAUGAUGAAGGACUAUUUCGCCCUCGAGGACGUCGGUGCCAAACCAGUGACAGAAUUGGUUUCGGCCGAAGACAGAAGAGCUCAAGAAAUUUUGGAAAAAACCACUGUACGCGUAGGCGAUCGAUUCGAGACCGGCUUGCUGUGGAGGUAUGAUGAAAUUGAGUUUCCGGAGAGCUACGGAAUGGCUUUGCGAAGACUCGAGUGCCUAGAACGUCGGAUGGCUAGGAAUCCAUUGUUGAAGGAGAACAUUCACCGUCAGAUAGAAGAAUAUCAGCUGAAAGGCUACGCGCAUCGAGCCAGUGAGGAAGAGUUGAAGACAACCGAUCUUAAACGGGUCUGGUACCUACCACUGGGAGCGGUGGUGAAUCCAAAGAAACCGGAGAAGGUGCGUCUCAUCUGGGAUGCCGCAGCUGUAGUUAACGGAAUAUCUCUCAACACACUGCUUCUCAAAGGCCCGGAUCAACUUACGUCGUUGCCCGCAGUUUUGUCAAGGUUCCGACAGUAUGCGGUGGCGGUCUCCGCCGAUAUUAAAGAGAUGUUCCAUCAAAUGUGGAUGCGUAGGAUGGACCGACAAUCGCUGCGUUUCCUAUUUCGCAAGGAUCCGACCGUUUUACCGGACAUCUACGUCAUGGACGUUGCGACAUUCGGGGCAACCUGCUCCCCAGCGUCUGCACAAUAUGUCAAAAACAGAAAUGCGGCAGAAUUUGCCGGAGAGUAUCCAAGAGCCGUUGAAGGAAUCAUAUCCAAUCACUACGUCGAUGAUUACCUAGACAGCUUUGGUACCGAAGCGGAAGCAGCAGAUAUAGCGGAGCAAGUGAAGGCAAUCCAUAGUAAAGGAGGUUUCCUGCUGCGGAACUGGCAAACGAAUAGUAUCCAUGUAAAGCAACGAUUGGGAGAGGCUGCGGACCCUAGCUACAGGCAUAUGUUUAUGGAUAAAACCAUGGAAUACGGCAGGGUGCUUGGUAUGCUGUGGUUGACAGAGGAAGACGCCCUGAGCUUCUGCGCACAGAUGAAGGACGACAUACAGCAAAUCGUGGACAGCGACUCCCGUCCCACAAAGAGGCAAGUCCUGCGGUGUCUAAUGAGCUUUUUCGAUCCGCUGGGAUUGUUAAGCUUCAUCAUGGUUCAGGGCAAGAUUCUGCUGCAAGAUGUUUGGCGUGCUGGAACACAGUGGGAUCAGGAGAUAAGCGAGGAACAUUGGGAACGUUGGCGGAGCUGGACUGUUCUGCUACAGCGGAUAUCGACCAUACAAAUUUCCCGAUGCUAUUUCCCGAACGCCACCGAGCAGAGCUACCGUCAGCUGCAAUUACACGUGUUCGUCGACGCAAGCGAAGCGGCGUAUGCAGCAGUGGCGUAUUUUCGAAUAGUCGAUGCAGACGGGACACCAAGAUGUGCUUUGGUGAUGGCGAAAACAAAGGUGGCGCCGUUGAAACCGUUAUCGAUACCGCGAAUGGAGUUGCAGGCCGCUACGCUUGGGACCCGAUUAUUGAGGUCCAUUCAUGAAUCCCAUACUGUGAAAGUUACGGAGCGAUAUUUGUGGUCAGACUCAUCGACGGUGCUAGCCUGGUUGAGAGGGGAUCCCCGCAAGUACAAACAGUACGUGGCCUGUAGGAUUGGUGAAAUACUGGAGCAGACGGAUGUGAUCGAGUGGCGGUGGGUACCGUCGAAGCAGAAUCCAGCGGAUUACGCAACCAAAUGGGGAAGCGGGCCAUCCAUGGACGUCGGAGGAGUCUGGUUCCAAGGACCACCGUUUCUGCAACGGCCUGAGAAAGAAUGGCCGAAACAGAAGAUGUCACAAGGGGUCGUCGAGGAAGAAUUACGUGGCUGUAACGUUCACGUCGAAACUGUCGUGCUCCCAGUAGUAAUAGAUUGUGAUCGCUUCUCCAAAUGGGAGCGCAUGCAUCGAGCAAUGGCCUACGUGCACCGAUACGUGGGAAAUGUGAAACGGAUGAUCUACGGUGAAGCGAAGCAUACAGGCUACCUCACUCAAGAGGAACUACGACAGGCAGAAGCGACCUUGAUUCGGAUGGUACAAGGGCAGACUUACCGCGAAGAACUGACAAUCCUCUCAAACAACCAGAAUCAUCCGAGACCACACCCAGAAGGGUUGAGCAAGCACAGUGUGCUGUAUCAGUUGACGCCGUUCAUCGACGACACCGGGAUUCUACGGGUGGAUGGGCGAAUCGGAGCAGCAGAAAAUGUAAGCAACGAAGUGAAAUUUCCAGCGAUCCUGCCCAACAAUCACCGGGUGACGGAUCUGAUCGUAGACGCUUAUCAUAGGAAGUAUCGACACGCCAAUUCGGAGACCGUAGUGAAUGAGAUACGGCAGCGGUAUCAUGUGUCCCGCCUUCGAACAGUUGUCCGGAGAAUCGUCAACGUGUGCACAAUGUGCAAAAUUCGUAAAGCAGUACCUCACAUUCCACGAAUGGCCUCACUUCCUCCGGCCCGCUUAGCUUCAUACGCAAGACCAUUCACCUACGUUGGCCUGGACUUGUUUGGACCAUUGUUAGUGAAGGUCGGUCGCAGCAACGCAAAAAGGUGGAUAGCGCUCUUCACCUGCCUCACUGUUCGAGCAGUGCACUGCGAAGUAGUGUACAGUCUGUCAACUGAUGCUUGCCUCAAGAGCAUCCGUCGCUUCGUGGGUCGUCGUGGUGCUCCAGCCGAAAUCUACACAGACAACGGAACAAACUUCCACGGCGCUGAGCGGGUGCUGAUGAGACAGCUUCAACAAGGUCUUGCCGCGACCGUGACUAAUACGACAACUAAAUGGUACUUCAUUCCUCCAUCUUCACCCCACAUGGGCGGAGCGUGGGAACGCAUGGUGCGUUCGAUCAAGCAAGCGAUGAUGGGCGCAAACAGUAGUGACCGGAAGCUCGACGACGAAUCGCUGAAUACGUUUGUUAUCGAAGCGGAGUCGAUCGUCAACAGCCGUCCACUCACUUACCUGCCCUUGGACGCGGAAGAAAGUGAAGCACUGACUCCGAACCAUUUCCUGCUAGGAAACUCAACCGGGGUGCGACAACCAGUAGCGGAGCCGACCGAUAGCUCGGUAGCAGUGAAGAAUUCCUGGAACCUGAUCAACCAUCAACUCGACUGUUUUUGGAGGCGCUGGACUCGAGAGAUGCUGCCGACCCUGACCAGGAGAACAAAGUGGUUCGGCGAUGAGAGGGCUGUCGCUACCGGCGACCUAGUGCUGAUCGUGGAGGACAGCAAGAGGAACAGCUGGAUCAGGGGACGAGUGAUGGAGGUUGUGCCUGGGGGUGACGGAAGGAUCCGUCAGGCUAUCAUAAGAACUGCGAAGGGGCUGCUGCGUAGGCCUGUCGCAAAGCUAGCUAUUCUGGACAUAGUAGAUAGUGGUAAAACUGGAACUGGUGGCCAGUGUUACGGGGGGGAGGAUGUUGGCGCUGGGAUCACUGCCUCAAGUCGCGAUACGUAG